AUGUCCGACACCACCUCGCAGUUCAAGAAGCUAGAGGUCAUCGGGCGCGGCAAGUUUGGCACCGUGUACAAGGGUCUGCGGCUUGACACCAAGGAGCUUGUUGCAAUCAAGAUCCUCAACCUCGACACGCCCGAGGAAGAGGUGAAGGACGUGCAACAAGAGAUCCAGUUUCUGUCGCAGCUCAAGUCUGUGCCCAACGUGACUCGCUACUACGGUUCGUAUUUGCACGGCCACAAGCUGUGGAUCAUUAUGGACUACUGUGCGGGUGGAUCGGUGAGGACUCUACUUCGUCCGGGGCCUUUGGAGGAGAAAUAUAUCAGUGUCAUUGUGCGAGAGGUGUUGCUCGCGCUGCAGUUUAUUCAUCAACUCGGCGUGAUCCACAGAGACAUCAAGGCGGCAAAUAUCUUGAUCCAGAAAGACGGCAAGGUGCAGCUGUGCGACUUUGGAGUCGCUGGCCAGCUUACCACCUCGGCGAUGAAAAGAACGACUAUGGUUGGAACGCCGUAUUGGAUGGCGCCGGAGGUGAUCAUGGAGGGCGCCGACUACAACGAAAAGGCAGAUAUAUGGUCUUUGGGGAUCACUAUCUACGAACUGGCGACGGGAAACCCACCGUAUAGCGACAAGGACGCGAUGCGUGCGAUGCAGCUGCUGACGCAGCACGAGCCGCCGAGACUCGAGGGCAGACAGUUUUCGGCGAACUUGAAAGAACAGGUGGCCAUCUGUUUAGAGGAAAAGCCGGAACUUCGGCCGUCGGCCGAGGAACUGCAGAAAUCAAAGCUCGUCAAGGCGUACAGGGCGGUGCCAACCGCGUCGCUCAAGGAGGUAAUUAGCAGAUACCUGCUGUGGCGCGACUCGCGGCCCUCGCGCGAGUCGUUCUAUUACGAGGAUGCUGAGAGUAUCAGCGAGGAGAGUGAGGUCAAAUGGGACUUCAAUUCGCUGAAAAGCGCGGAAUACAUGAUAGAGAACGAGAUUAGCCAGGAAAGCGUACCCCCGCCCGGUGCACCACCGCAGUAUGCCGCCGUGCCACAGGACACAGAUGACUACACGAUCAAUCCGACGUUCCGGCUAGGAACGAUGCAGACCACUAUGCGUGCUGGGACGCAGUCGACGGCGGCGACGACGCUCCGAAACACAGCCAAGUCGGCCGCUCCGUCCAGCACCACUGCCCCGAAAUCGCUGCUCAAGCUGUUUGAGCAGGACGAGCCCGACGAAACGCUGCCAUCACCGGCUGCAGAGGUGCCAGCAGUCCCCAAUGUGCCGAUUGAGAUCCCUAGCUUGGACACACUUCCAGAGACGGCUGCGCAGGAGCCGCGCCCGAGAGCGCCGACGGUGUCGCGCCAGGAGUCGCCGACGACUCCCGUGCAGGCUGAGGAGCCUGCAUCACGGCGUAUGGAAGCUUCUAGUACGGGGCUGUCGAGCCUGGGCAACAGGACGCCGUCGCCGCAGCGGCUGCCGCACAUGAAGCCGCUCCCCUCGUCCGCGUCGCAGCAGCCGCUGCUGCAGCCGAUCAACAGCAAGAUUCCAUCGCAGAGUGUUCCUCCUGGCCCGCAAACAGCUCCCGCGCUGAGCAAUAACGAAUACCAGGAGAUGAAGCCCGAGCCGGGCUCGCUGUCACGCGUGCGCUCGCAAAUGCGGCUCCAGAUGCCUGUGCCGAUGCUGCACUCACAGUUGAUGGACGACAAGGCCGCGGCUGCGUCGCCAGACACGUUGAACCAGUUUGGCGUGAACAUCAAUUUGGCGUCGACCGCGCCGCUGGCGAUGACUCCAGUCACCGAGAAGACAAACAUGGAGCUGGGGGCUACGCCGGAGAGAGACUCAGCGGAGUCGGUGCGGCCGCAGGGAUAUUUCGAGGAACGGGCUAGAGAGACAGAGGAGCACGAGAAAGUGAGUCUGGCAGGCAUGCUGGACGGUCUUACGCUGGAAGUGGGGCCGGGAGUGCUGGAGUCAGGGGACAAGGACGUGCUUGUGGCUGAUUUUGUCGGGCUGGUCAGCAAGUUUGGCAGUGUCUUGGAGGCAAUCAUUGCCGAGCUGAGCGAGGCGAAAUGA